UUGUUUGUUGCUGCUUCUUGUUAUUUCGUUGCUGCUGUUCCGUUUUGUUAUUGUUUCUUGUUAUUGUUUAGUUUGUUUUAGCAAACAUGAGUGAUUCCCAAGAAACGCUCUAUAAGUGUGAGGAAUGCAGUUCAGAGUUUAAAAUGCGAAAGAACCUCUACGCCCAUAUGAGGAAAGUUCAUGAACUUGAUAUCCAUGUGUCUAAAAAAGGAAAAGGCAGUGAAUUGUGUCCCCAGUGCGGAAUUGCAUUUAUGAGAUGCAGUUCAUUAAAACGUCAUCAAAUAACUGUGCAUAGCAUGAAGUCGGAGGAAAACAGUCGGAAAUGCCACAUUAUUUGCCCACAGUGCUCUCUCACGUUUCUCACCUAUGACACACUGAGAACACAUAUUCAAGAGAACCAUGACGUUAGUUUUGAGUGCCAGGAGAUAGAAUUUGGUUGUCUUGCAGACUUUGAAGAGUGGAAAAUUUCUUACGAAAAAGUAAACCAUGUUCGUUAUGUAAUGAAUUGUUCGGAGCAGGAGCGACUAGAAAAACGUGUUCGAUAUUACCACUGCCAUCGCUCUUUCAAUUUCAAUUCUAAAGGAACAGGUGCCAGGUGUGUCAAAAGUAUGGGCACGAAUAAAAUAGGCAUUACUUGUCCAUCCAAUAUGCAAGUGACAAUAACAGAGGACAAAUGCUGCUUAAAAUUUUUUCCAAAACAUAUGGGACACACCCAAGAUGUUGGAAGAACAUUUCUGCAUGGGAACGAGAGGGCAGAGUUGGCAGGACGGCUGUCACAGGGUGUUCCUGUUGGACGAGUUUUACAAGAUGUCCGAAUGGCACCAAUCGCUGCAAGUGUGGAGAGAAUCCAUCUCCUUGAGAAAAAAGAUUUGCAUAAUAUAAAAAGGGAUUUUGAUAUUGGUUAUGCAACGAAGAAGCAUGAAAAUGAUGCAGUGAGUGUGAAAUUGUGGGUUGAAGAAAUGAAGGGACAAAGUGACAACCCAGUACUGUAUUUCAAGCAGCAAAAACAAGUGGAUUCUAAUUUUCAAGAUGAAGACUUCAUUCUUAUUAUAAUGACAAACUUUCAGGCCGAACAACUUCUAAAGUAUGGAGAAGAUAAAAUAUGUGUGGAUGGCACUCAUGGCAUGACUGCAUACGAUUUUCAACUUUUUACUAUUGUCGUUGUUGAUAGAUAUGGUGCUGCAAUGCCAGUUGUAUUUUGUUUUUCGAAUAGGGGAGACAUGUGCUUACUGUCUUUUUAUUUCAAAUGUGUGAGAGAAAGGGUGGGCACUGUAAAGACCAAUGUGUUUAUGUCUGACGAUGCACCAGCAUUUUAUAAUGCAUGGUCAGCAGUAAUGGGACCUGUGCCAAACCAGUUGCUGUGUUCUUGGCAUAUACAACGGAACUGGUCUCAGAAUUUAAGGAGAAUUUCUGGGGGUAGUGAGAAAAAAUCAGCAGUGUUUAGUUCACUAAAGCGACUUCAGACUGAACUGGAUAUAGAUGUUUUUAGUUGUAGUCUGGAGAAAGUGGUGGAAGACUUAUUGAAUGAUCCGGAUACUGCAGAAUUUGGCAGGUACUUUCUUAAGAUGUACUGCCAGCGAGUGGAAAAGUGGGCGUAUUGUUUUAGGCACCGAUUGGGCAUUAAUACAAACAAUUACUUGGAGUCCCUACAUAAAGUUAUUAAAUACAGUUAUCUAGAAGGGAAAAAGUGCAGAUGGCUGGAUAAGUCAUUAAAUGCUUUGUUGUGUGUAGUGAGAGACAAAGUAUAUGAGGGCUUAGUGAAGCUCUCAAAACGUAAACAGUGCUCUAGGCCGUCAAGAGUGAAAGCAAGCCACAACGAUAGCUCAGCUAUAACAAAUGGGAUGAUUUUAUGCAGGGAUGAAGGGUUGUGGGAAGUGCUUUCUUCCACUGGUUGUGAAGUGUAUGUUGUUGUAAAAAAUUCAGAACUGAUAUGCGAAAGAAAAUGUUCACUUAAGUGUAACACCUGCAACAUAUGUGUACAUUCGUAUAAAUGCAGCUGUUUAGACAACAUUUUAAAUUUUAACAUAUGUAAGCAUAUACACGCAUGUGCCAAAUCAUUGUCUGAUGCUGUCCAGGAGAGUGAACAGUGUUCCUUGCCCUCUAGUGCAGACAAUGAAUAUGUGUCAGCAUUGCUUUCUGGCAAUUCAGAAAAAUCUGCUGACACAUUUGAACAGGAUGUGAUGUCUCACUGUGAAACUAUAGUUGCACUCAGCAAAGGAACACAGUGUGGACAGGAGACUAAGGCCAAAGUAUUGAAGGAUCUGAAGAAGAUCAUUAGUAAUCUUAAUAAAGAUUUUUCUUUCUCAGAAGAAAACACAGUAAAUGUGAAUGCCAAGAUUGAAUCUCAGGCUAGAUUUUUUUCCACAAAGCAGAGAAGGAUUUUGUGAGGGGUGAUUAAGCGUUAAAAAAAGUAAACUCCAAGUUGGAAUAUCAACAAUAUUAGGAAAAAAAUAGUUUGCCACUCACUGUAAAGGUGACAUGUUGAGUUGCAGACAGGCACAAUGUAAAGAGUGUUACACAUUUAGUUUUUGGCCAAAGCCUUCUCCAGAAAACAAAACACAAACAGAUUAACACUAGCAAGUACACAUGACCAAUAUCUCCCACUGCAGAUAGUGGAGAUGUGUGCAGGGAGUGUGCUUGCGUGUGUAAAUCUUUUUGUGUUUUCUUUUCUGAAGAAGUCUUCGGCCAAAAGCUAAAUGUGUAACAGUCUUUACAUUGUGCCUAUUUGCAACUCAACAUGUCACCUUUACAGUGAAUAGCAAACUAUCCUUUUCCUAAUAUUGUUAAUGCACAUAAAGGUGGUCUUGUACAUUAUGUCAAUUUGUGUGUGUGUGUGUGUGUGUGUGUGUGUGUGUGUGAGAGAGAGAGAGAGAGAGAGAGAGAGAGAGAGAGAGAGAGAGAGAGAGAGAGAGAGAGAGAG